ACCGAAGCUACUACAAUGGCAGAGAUUUCAACUCCAGUUGAAACAACAACCGAAGAGUUUACAACUACCACCGAAGCUGCAACCACAGGAACAACUCUGUUUGUGACAGCUACCUAUAAAACAACAGAGCAGACUACAGCAAGCCAGAAUACACCAGCCCAGACUCAGAUAACAGAAUCGAAGAGAAGCAAAACCGUUGCACAGACUACAUCUGAAGGAAAAACAAUGACUGAGUUUACCCCUUCAGAACUUACUACUGCUAAAGUUGGUACUUUUGGGCAGACGACGGAUUCUCUAGAACAUACACAAUUCCCCCAAACAUCUACACCUCUGGGAACCCCGCCAGAAAUUACUUCAUUGGUGACAGGGGAUCAUACAUCUUUCGCACAGUCCACUACACCAUCGCCUGCUACUCUUCAGCAAACGAUCUUCCCACAAACUGUUGUCUUUACAGAAACCUUAACUGUCGAUGCAGGGAGCACAAAGGUACAGACAACUGCUCCUGCCAAAAUAACAACAGAAACAGUUACUGACCUCCAUGAGACAUUGAAAUUGACCACCCUUGGGCAGAUAACCAUUUCUGGCACCUCCGAAGAAAGUAUUACAACAGAAUCUCUUAGCACAAUUAGCAACAUUACCUCUCCAGUGAACCCAACAGCUCCACAUGUGACAAGUUUCCCGGAAACUACAAAAGUUGCUGAAAUUGGAGAAGUUGAGGCUAUUGCCGUUGGCGAUCCUCAUUACACCACCUUUGACGGCCGCCACUUCACCUUCCAAGGUGACUGCGAGUAUCUGCUUGCCUCAGAUUGCAUUGCAGAUAACUCGCAGUUUGAAGUGGUGACUGUCAACCAGCAAAGCACCAGUAGUUUCCAGACGGCAGUUACUCAGUCAGUGCGCAUCACUUUGGGUGACACGAUAAUUCAACUCCAACGAGGAAGACGGCAGAUUGUGAAUGACAUCGCAGUCAACACUCCGGCGUUCCUAGGAAAUGACAUCAGCAUCAGGAGAACUGGUCUGCAGACGUCUAUUCUGACCCCUCUUGGACUGCGAGUGAAGUGGGACGGCUCUACUGGAGUGAAGGUUCUUCUGAAUGGAACUACCUACAGGACGAUGGUCUGCGGCCUUGGAGGAAACAACGAUGGAGACCCUGAUGAUGACUUUACUUCAAUUUCUGGAUCACCUACAUCAUUGUUGGCAUUUGCCAAUAGCUACAUUGUCAACACAGCAGAAUGCCCUGAAACAUCGACCAGUGUUCCAAGUCCUUGUGACAACAACUCAACAAUUGCUGCAAUUGCAGCAACAAUCUGCAAUGACAUCAUCAGAUCUGAUGGUCCAUUUGCUGCAUGCGUAGCAGCAAUGCCAACAGAUGCAAGUAAUUUCUACAGUGAUUGUCAAUAUGAUAUAUGUGCUUUAUAUCCCGACACAUCUGGAGCUUGUGACAUCUUUGCAGCAUUUGUAGACACCUGCAAUGCCCGAGGCUACCCACCGUCCGAUUGGCGGUCAUCAGACCUUUGCUCGCUUACAUGCCCAGCAAACGCUGCAUACAGCACGUGUAGCAACGAUUGUGAGUUUACCUGCGCUGACUACCGCCGUGGUGGCCAAUUGGAGUCUGCAUGCGAUGCACUGCCUUGCGUUGAAGGCUGCGUUUGUAAUGACGGUUACUACCAGGAUGGAGACAGCUGUGUUCUACCAGAGGAUUGCGGAUGUGUCUACAAUAGCAACUAUUACUAUCUGAACCAAACCUUUUUGACGGAGGGAUGUGAGAAUACCUGCACAUGCGGAGCAGGUGGAGUGACCACCUGCGAGAAAAGCAACUGCAGUGUGAACUCUGUGUGCCAGAUCAUCAACAAUGCUUAUGCCUGCGUCUGCAGAGAAAGCUAUGAUGGAGAUGGUUAUACCUGCGAACGUACAUGCGAAUCCUAUCAGUACAAAUGUCCUGAGGGAACCUGCGUGCCAGCAGAAUGGAUCUGUGAUGGUUUUCCUGGAGACUGUAUUGACUUCUACGAUGAGGAUGAAAUGCUCUGCUGUGAUGUUAUGAAUGUAACCUCUCACUGCCCCAAGCCAAACCAUUACCGAUGUCCAGAUGGUGUCUACAUACCAGAAAGCUACUUGUGUGACGACAUUCCGUAUGACUGUGGCAACAACAUGGAUGAGUCAGAAGAAGUUUGCAGCGGGGCUUGCAUAUAUCCAGGGGACCUGACAAAUGGACGUGUGGGCCCUCAAAAGUUUCGGUAUCGAGACGGAGAGAGUGUGUUCUUCCAAUGCUUCAGUGGGUACACAAGAAUCGGACCUACAGAGAUAAUGUGCAACAAUACUGUAUGGUCCGAUGACUUACCCACCUGCUAUGAAAAUUGCAUUAUUCCUGUACCGCCAUUCCAUGGCUUUGUGGAUGCCAUGGCUUUCAACCACAGUGACGUAAUUGGCUUCUCCUGUGAAGCUGGCUAUUUGCUGGACCCAGCCAAUGCUACCCUGGCCUGCGAUAAUGGUCAAGUGAACGGAACUGUCCCAGUUUGUCUAGAUAUCAAUGAAUGUGCCUCCACUCCCUGUAUGAAUGGAGGAGCCUGUCUGAACAAAGUCAACUCAUACGAGUGUGUCUGCAAUUCUGCAUGGACAGGAGUCAACUGUGAAACCGAUGUUGAUGAAUGUAUGGCUGGUACGGACACCUGUCAUGCCAAUGCAGUGUGCACCAAUACUGUUGGCAGCUUCACCUGUGCAUGCAUUGAUGGCUAUAGAGGAGAUGGUUUUGAAUGUUUAGAAAUCAUUUUCUUCCCCUUUGGCCUUGAGAAUGGAGACCAGUCCCUGAGAGAUGUGAACGAGCAGGUUGAUUUUGAGAUGUUGUCACAGACAUUCCAACCAGAAACGGGCUUCCCCUUUGGCAGAACGUUCUACCCCGGCCUCUAUUUCAUGGACAACGGUUUACUCAUUCUGCUAAAUGAGAAUGAUGACAAGUUGGGUUUCCCGAACCCUUUCCCCGGUGGAUUCACAGAUAUCAAUACCGUUCCUAUGGUGGCACCCUUCUGGGCGGACACCGACCUGACGUCAACCGAGGGAGAUGUGUUUUACCAGGUUUACGUACCAUCAGCCUCGGGGACUGAAGCCGGAGAUGCCAUUUUAGAAGAUGCGAACUCAAGAAUUCGGGCCCAAUAUGCUCCUUCUUUCUUCUCCUUCAAUGCCACAUGGAUGCUGGUUGUUACGUGGUACCAAAUGCCAUCCUUCAUCCAGCAAAAUGAAACUGACACAUUCCAAGCUGCGCUAGUGACAGAUGGCAUCUACAGCUUUUCUAUUUUCAACUACCAUGAGGGAGGAAUGCUUUGGGACUACGAUUCCCUAGCCAGCACAGAUCUCAUCAUCGGCUACAACGGUGGCUUUGGCACCUAUGCCAAUGCCCAGCUUGACAACCCACCAUUUGCAGUGGGAGGCGAUGCCUUCCGUCCCGACCAGUUCCUUGGAAACACUGGACUGAAGGGCCGAUGGAUCUACCGACUGGAGAACAACACUGACAGCACCGUCAACCCGAAGCAGUUCUGUCUUGACUGGUACAGCAGGCAGCCAAAUCCAAUGACCUGGGAUCGUUAUCUUGGGACCUGCCCGUGUUCAUUCGACCAAGGACGGAACGAUCGAUCGUAUGGGCGUAGAGCUUCUUCUCGAGGACGUGUGGCGUCAGCAGCAUCUAGAGCCCCUGGCCGGUUCAGCCAAGAACUGUUGGACCAGAUUGAAGCCUUGGAAGGACAACCCUUCUGUCUAGUGACAGAGCUCUCGCCUUCGUUGAACGGUGCUGGCAUGCGCUGCUGCUACCGUGGGGAUCGCUCUUUGAUUGUUGGCUAUGACACCGAUUACCUCAUCAGCGUGGAAGAGAGAUACCUGUUCAACUUCCAGGGAGAAGUACCAGAAUAUGAGCCUGAUCUCGUCAAUUGGUUGCUGGAAGAUUACUUUCCCCGACACUACUGCUGUAAUGCAGCAAACGACGAAGCCUUCUGCGACAUGUAUUUUGAGAAACGACCACCGGGUUCCUGUAAUGGAUACCUGCCGCCAAAUACUGGAUGGACAAUUGGAGAUCCUCACAUUGAGACGCUGGACGGCAAUGCAUACACCUUCAAUGGUCUUGGCGAGUAUGUGCACGUGACCUUCCCAGACGGUACUGGUGGCACCAUCUUCGAGGUGCAGGGUCGUACGGCCCAAGCCUUGGACACGCAGACACAGCAGCUCACUCAGGCCACCAUAUUCGUCGCCUUUGUUGCUAAGGCCCAGGAUGCCCAAAAGGUCCAGAUGACUCUUAAUGCUGAUGGUUCUGAUGUUGACAUUCUUGUGGAUGAUGUACCAUUUGACAAGGCACUGUUUGUCGAUGGAAAAUACACCGUGAAUGGGACCCUACAACUCUCACUUCAGGACAACAAUGGCACAAUAAGGUACAUUGCCUAUUGGCUGAAUGGGAUGUCCAUCAGUGUAGGCAGUGCGAGUGGAAUCCUCGACAUGGUAUUUUCUGCUCCUGAAACAUUCAGAGAUGGCUCAAGCCGUGGCCUGCUUGGUGUCUGGAACAAUGAUCCCGCUGACGAUUUCAUGAAGGAAAACGGCAUGUUGCUGACACCAAAUGGUAAUGACAGCAGCUACACGGAAGCAGAUUACUUCACCUUUGGGGAGUCAUGGAGAACAACAGUGAACACCACACUUUUUAACUAUGAAGCUGGGGAAUCCUGGGACACCAUCAAUGAUGAAACAUUCGUGCCACUGUUCUUGGAGGAUCUGAUCGCAGCUGCCGACCCUGCAUACCUGAGUCAAGUCCAGACAAUGUGCGGAACUGACAACCAGUGUCUUUACGACGCACUGGCCACUAAAAACCUGGAACUCGGAAUGGAGACAAUGACACAGAAUCAGGGGUUCACAAAUGAAGCUGGUGAUCUUGCUAACUUCCCACCGAACAUCACUGGCCCCAACUUGCUGCAAGCUGUUGUCGGAGAGCAGGUCACCUUGACAACAACAUCAUUUGACCCAGAAGGCCAGACCAUCAGUUUCUCCUUGACUGAGGACAUUCCCAACAGCACUUUGUCCCAGAAUGGUGUUUUCACAUGGAAUCCAUCAACUGUGAACAAAGUGAGAGUUGGGAUCAGGGCGUUUGAUGGCGACACUAAUGCAGUAUUGGAGCCCACCGUCAAAGUUUGCGACUGCCAGAACGGCGGGACCUGCAUGUAUGAUCAGUACACACAGGACUCCAAUAUCAUCGUAGACAAGUUUGCCGUUGUCGUGUGUGCCUGUUCCUUGGCCUGGACUGGAGACUUCUGCGAGACCGAUCGCAAUGGUUGCGAGGAUGACCCUUGUUUCCCUGGCAUCACUUGCGUGGAUGCCGUCGCGCCGCUGGAAGGUAACACCUGCGGGCCUUGUCCUGAUGGCCUGGAAGGAAACGGCUUCAAGUGUUACGAUUUUGACGAGUGCACCCAACCAGGUGGUUCACCAUGUGAGCAGCUCUGUGACAACAUCCUCGGAGGAUAUCGCUGUUCCUGCGAAUCUGGUUACGAGCUCCAUCCAGAUGCCCGGACCUGCCUGGACAUUGACGAGUGCGACCUGCAGACCGACAACUGCCAUGAGUUUGCCACCUGUGCCAACACAGCUGGCGGCUUCACCUGCACCUGCAGUCAAGGGUUCACAGACACUAAUGGCGAUGGAACGCUUUGCGAAGAUAUUGACGAGUGUUUCAGUCAAGUCCCCGUGUGUGACACAAACUCCGAGUGCUCAAACACCGUUGGCACUUACUCCUGUGUGUGCAACACCGGAUAUGAGAAGAUCAAUGGAGUGUGUGAAGACAUAAAUGAGUGCACCCGUGGACUAAACAACUGCAGCAGCUCUGCCACAUGUGUCAACUCGCCAGGGUCCUACGUCUGCACUUGCAACAGCGGCUUUGAAGGGGACGGGGAGGUGUGUCUGAACAUCGACGAGUGCAUGUUGGCGAUACGCCCCUGCCACCCCCGGGCCAUGUGCGAAGACACCUUCGGGAGCUUCAUCUGUGUGUGCAUCCCUGGCCAGAUUGGCAAUGGAAUCACCUGCACAGAUGUGGAUGAAUGUUUAGCCAACACUGACGAUUGUGCCGUUGGUACAGCCAUGUGCACCAAUACACAGGGAUCCUAUGAGUGUCGCUGUUAUGAAGGCUACACUGGCAAUGGCACAGUGUGUGAAGAUAUCAAUGAGUGUGUCCUCAAUGCUACGAUUUGUUCGGUCAAUGCCAACUGCCAAAACACCCCUGGCUCCUAUGUCUGUAGCUGCAAAGAUGGCUACUUUGGAGAUGGUGCAGAAUGUUUUGAUAUGAACGAGUGUACUGAAGAAAUUGACACCUGUAACGACACCUUGGGAAUGUGCAUCAACAAUGUUGGGUCCUACACCUGCCGCUGUGUGGUUGGCUAUGAAGGAGAUGGCAGAACUUGCACAAACAUUGAUGAGUGUAACUUGAACACGGAUGACUGUGAGCAGACUUGCACCGAUUCCAUUGGGAGCUUUGUCUGUUCCUGUCGGUCGGGCUUCACCAUCGACAUAACGUCAACAAACCUCUGUCUAGAUAUUGAUGAAUGCAAUCUUGGCAUUGACAACUGUGGCCAGGGAUGCAAUAACACAGAUGGUAGCUAUGAGUGCUAUUGCUUUGAGGGCUUCAAAAUGGACAAUCAAGGCGACUGUGUUCCCGACUCUGUGUGCAUCAACAAGAACUGUACCAAUGGCGACUGUUAUGCCUUGAAUGGCAUGGAAUUGUGUUCUUGCUACAGUGGAUACAAACUUGACAGCAGCAAUGAUGCUUUGUGUAUCAACAUCGAUGAAUGUACAGAUCCUCAAUACCCAGAUGCUUGUAACCAGAUUUGCAAUGAUGCUACUCCAGGCUAUACCUGUGACUGUAACACAGGCUUCCUACUGACAACAGAGGGCCGGCUGUGUGAAGAUAUUAAUGAGUGCACAGAGGGCACCAGCACCUGUGAUGCAGUGUCUGAGAAUUGCUUCAACAUCGAUGGAGGUUUCAUCUGCAAUUGCAAAUCUGGAUUUGUUAUGAACGGAACUAUCUGUUCGGACGUGAACGAAUGUGAUGGCGUUAACCUGUGCAGUGCCAAUGCUGUGUGCACCAACUCGCCUGGCAGUUACUCCUGUACAUGUCAAAGUGGCUACUCAGGCGAUGGCGAAACAUGUGUUGAUAUCAACGAGUGUGCAUCAUCUUCACUGAAUGAUUGCAGCGAGAAUGCCAUGUGCACCAAUCUAGCGGGCUCAUUCCAGUGUGAUUGCCUGACAGGAUUUGAGUUUAAUGGAACUGACUGCAAUGAUAUCAAUGAGUGCGAUGUCGGCAAUAACACCUGCACUGGUCUCUCCAUGUGCGUUAACACCCCCGGCUCAUAUCUGUGCCCCUGCCUCAAUGGCUAUGAAGGCGAUGGAAGCAAUUGCAUUGAUGUGAAUGAGUGUACUUUGCCAUCUACGGAUGCCAGUGCAGAUGACUGCCAUGCAGAUGCCACUUGCAAUAAUACUGCAGGAGGAUAUCUAUGCGAGUGUAACAGCGGGUAUUCAGGCAAUGGAACAUCCUGUACAGAUAUCGACGAAUGCAACAUACCUGGUAGCUGUGCGGGGAACAGCACGUGCAGUAACACAGUGGGAGAUUACGUCUGCACCUGCAAUGAGGGUUACAGCGGCGAUGCUCGCACAGAAUGCUUUGACAUCGAUGAGUGCUUAGAUUUCCCCUGUGACGUUAAUGCCCAGUGCACAAACAGCAUCGGAAGCUUCAUGUGCACCUGUCACAGUGGAUACACCGGCACUGGAUUCAACUGCUCAGAUGUUGACGAGUGUGAAGCGCAGAAUCUCAAUGACUGUCAUCCCUUGUCAACAUGCAUCAACGUCGACGGAAGUUUCACGUGCCGCUGCCGAGAUGGCUAUGUAACAAGUGAUGGCUUUUCCCCUGGCAGAGAGUGUGAAGAUGUUAACGAGUGCACCUUUGAAACGGAUACUUGCGACUCGGUCAAGGAGGUGUGCAUCAACAACUUUGGCAGCUUCACCUGUAUGUGUGGAAAUGGUUACCAGGGAACGGCUGGCGCAUGCAUAGAUAUCGAUGAGUGUCAGACCAAUCCGUGUGACACGCAAGUCAACACUCGCUGCCAAAACCUUGCCGGGAGCUACCGCUGUGUGUGCAGAACUGGCUACUUUGAACUCUACGGUGUCUGUACAGCCGGUGUAUCAAAGACUGUGUAUGGGCUGUUUACGGACAUCAUUGGCUUUGAAGUUAACGACUUAUACUUUUACUAUAAUGACACAACAGUCUACCAGAUUCCCCUAUCCACAGAUCUGGAUGCUCAUUUCAAUGCAAGCAUGCUACGUGACUACCAGUCGGUCUUUGUCAGGUCCAUCACCAUGGCUGGCCAGGUCGCCAGGGUCAUUAUGACACUGACCUUCCUGCCCAACUCCUCUGUCACCGACAUGGAAAUCAUAGACGCUUUUGUGAGCCAACUGACUGGGAGAUUUGGAAACGUGGUUCUACCAAACAGCAAGGUUUACAACACUAGCUUUGCUGUUGGCGAUCCAAUCAUCAACCCAUGUGAAGAAGGCACAUUCCAGUGUGGAGAAAAUGCUGCUUGUGUGUUUAAUGGCAUCAGUGAUCAGCAUACCUGUAUGUGCCAAGAUGGAUGGAGUGGCUCUGGAAAUGACACUUGCACAGACAUUGACGAGUGUCUGUCCGCCCCAUGCACUGGACGUGGAGAGGUGUGUGUCAACUCGCCUGGCAGCUAUAGCUGUGAUUGUCGAGUCAUGGAUGGCUUCCAGAGGGUUGGAGACACGUGUGUCUUGUUCAUCACAUACGAAGGAGUUUUCGACAUCUAUGAGGUCGACAGGAUUGCAGGGGAUGCGCAGUUUGACCCUGCACUGAGUGAUCCAACAUCUCCAGAAUUCCUGGACCUUAGUCUAAGGGUCUGUGGUGUGGUCCGCCACACCAUCCUCCUAGAACGCCUUGUGCAAGAUUUCUACUACGACUGCCAAGUGGUGAACUUCACCAUGGUCGACCAAGGCACUCAGGCCAACUUCCUGAUGGUGUUCACCGACGGCGUGUUGGCAAGCAGUGACCAGCUCCAGCGGCUUUUUAUGAGCCAACUAGACAACGAGAACGUGAUUGUGUCGGGCACAACAACACUAGGCAACCUUACGUUGGCACCAUCGUCUAUUGUUAUCUCUGACAUCAAUCCCGCCUGCACAGACGGUUACUGUCUGAACGGUGGUACAUGCCACAAUACUGGAGACAAUGGAAGGAACUGCACGUGCAUUGAAGGGUAUACUGGCAGCAGAUGUGAAAUACCUCCUCCAGAAGUCACAACAACAGCAACCGUUACCCUGGAGCCACCAGUAGUAGUUACGACAGCACCACCAGGGACAACAAUAGCACCAGGAGGAGGCCUGACAACACUCCAGAUUAUAGGCAUUGCCCUUGGCAUGGCAGCCUUUGUCCUGCUGAUCAUCCUGAUGUGCCUGUGCAUGCUGGUGAUGCUGCGCCGCCGACAGGCUGCGGACCGCCGUCGCUUGGAGUACUUCCGAGGCCCGUCCGACCGCAUGAAGGUCAUCUACAACCCGCCGCUUGGUGCAACGCGCAUCUCCGAGUAUCGCGGGUAUCUGCAGCCGGAUGAGUACCGCGGGGUUGACAACGAGUCCUUCAGCGACAGCAGCAGCUUUAUUGCGUCUCUCGGCCAGCGUAGCGAGGAGGAAAGCCGAAUGCGACAUCUUGCCAAUGUUAUCACUCAGUCUCCAUAUCUGAAUGAGCGUAUGAGGGCCAGAAUAUCCAGUAUGAUAUCUCAAGAGCCACAAAGACUCAGUCAGGAGGAGUUUGUCCGUCCCUAUAUUGCCACCGGCCGAGAAGCUGCUGAAAUUGAAGUCCACAGAGAUCCGGAGGAUCAGUCGUUCCGUAGGCCAACUGCCCAGCUGCCAGAACGCCAGUCGUCCUUCCGAAUACCACGAGCCCAGUUCUACUGGGACUCCAACACGGAAAGCUUCACAUAAGGUUGGACAAUUGCCUCCUCAACUUGAACUGCAAAUCAACAAACUUCUGACUUCGUCUUUCAAAUGUACAUUUAUAUCUGACCUUUAGCAGCUUAUGUCAAAUGAUAGCAGUUCAUUUUGUUGGAAGGCAAGCCAAACAUUGACACACUGUACUCCUAUUUACCUUAUAGCGAUAAGAGAGGACCGAGUUAUAUUUGGUGAUACUUAGUCACUCCUUUGUUGCAUGGCUAAUGGGAGUAUUUUCCUUCAGUGUAUUUAUGAAGGAUCAAGAUUGUGACUGAAAUUAAGUAGACGAUGGCAAUUUGUCACCGUCGUCACUGGGACCAUGAAGGUGGUCGCAGUGGUGGCUUGUGACAAUUGUCACGCUACUUCUAUGACUGUGACAUGUCAUCAUCAAUGCGAGCAUGAACAUCACUUACGAUGAUGAUGAUAGACAAACCAAGCAUAGUUCAAUGAAUUGUUUUAAAGGAUCUUGGAUAUGACGUAUAUUUUUAUAAAUGUCCAAAUUAUUUUUUUAUUCUUACUUCGACUUUUAGUAUGUAAUAGAUUUUUAAAUGAGAGACUUAGGGAGCAUUUUUGAGUCCAACUUCGACUUUAGAAAACUGGCCAGUUACGAGGAUUUUAAUUAAUUGUUAUGCUACAUGCUCUAUUUUUGACUGUGAAUUUUAACUACAAAUGUCUUUGAAGAAAAUGCUGUUGUGUAAAUUGUCCAAUUAAAAGAAAUAUUUUUAACAACCCUUUUAAUAUUGUAUUUAACUUCAUAAGCAAUAGUUAUGCAGUUAAUAUUUGUUUCCAAGAUAUUUGCAAUUCAUUUUAAAAAGCAAUAUUCCGAAGCCAAAAUCCUAUUAUAACUUAACCAUAAAUGUUAGAACACCUUUUUAUUAGGCAUCAUUCUUAUCACUUUUCGGAUAAGUUAAUAAAUAAGUUUCUUGCUUUACUGUUAAUAUCUUUUUAGAAAUCUUGUGUUUUGUGUAAAAUUGAGAACAAAUAUCUUCUACUUUAUCAAACAUUUUAUAUAAUUGCUGCUUUAAAAAACUGCCUAUAGAAAGCAUGAAUACAACAUUAGGAAAUUAUUUAUUGAAGUAAAAAAAACAGUAAUUGUGGUUCGUACACUUUAGGUUGAAGUAAACAAAUUGAAAGAUGUAUUCUCGGUGCCAAAGGAAAAUUGAUUUAAAACCUAUACUAACUAUUGAAAAUUUGGUUACUGAGGUUUUGAAAAAAUUGGCUAAAUUCAUAAGAUCGAAGUACAUCUUUAACUUGUUGUUGCUUUAAAUGGAAGUAUUUGUCGUGUAGUAUGUAAAACAUUGGUCUGAGUUUUA